UUCUCUGUCUUUUAUUUCGCUCUCUCUCUCUCUCUCUCUCAUUCUCUCUUUUUGUCUCUUACUUGCUCACAUCUUCCCAACUUGUAUCUGAUCCUCAGCUCCUGGGCUACAAUGAGAAGCCUGUCAACCUGCAGAUGUUCAUUGGGACGGCGGACGACCGCUACUUGAGGCCGCAUGCCUUCUACCAGGUGCACAGGAUCACAGGGAAAACGGUGGCCACCGCCAGCCAGGAAAUCAUAAUCUCCAGCACCAAGGUUCUCGAAAUACCUCUCCUUCCCGAAAACAAUAUGACUGCCAGCAUUGACUGUGCUGGGAUUCUCAAGCUAAGGAAUUCAGACAUUGAGCUGAGGAAAGGCGAGACAGACAUCGGGCGGAAGAACACGCGUGUGCGGGUGGUGUUUCGAGUGCACAUCCCGCAGCCCAACGGGAAAGUACUGUCUCUGCAGGCGCCGUCCAUCCCCAUAGAGUGUUCCCAGCGCUCGGCUCAAGAGCUCCCCCAGGUAGAGAAGUGCAGCCUGUCCAGCAGCGCGGUCAGCGGGGGGGGGGAGAUGGUCAUCAACGGCUCCAACUUCUUCCCGGAGUCCAAGGUCAUCUUCCUGGAAAAGGGCCCUGAUGGACGACCCCAGUGGGAAGUGGAGGCGAAAAUUGUCCGUGAAAAGAGUCAAGGGUCAAGCCUGGUGGUGGAGGUGCCCCCCUACCACAGUAAGACAGUGACCUCGGCAGUCCAGGUGCAGUUCUACGUGUGCAAUGGAAAGAGGAAAAGGAGCCAAUCCCAGCGCUUCACCUACCUCUCAGUGCUGGUGAAGCAGGAGCACAGAGAUGAGUUGGACCCGUCUGCCGGGCCGCCCAUGCCACUGCCCCUGGCUCACGCUGGCAGCGGCCUGGUCCGAACCCAGAUGCCCUCCCCUGAGCCGGGCCACCCGCAGGACGGCCUUCUGUCCAGCUCCCCCCGCGGCCUGGCCCCGGGCCUGCACCCCCUGCAGCCCCCCUGCGGCCCCAUGGGCUCCCCCACCUUCCAGCACCUGCCUCACCUGCAGGGCCACGGCCUCCAUGCGGGGCCUCCCGAGUGUCAGAUGGCGUUUCACGCAGGCCCCCACCAACACCCCUCCAGGUCCCCCUACCAGCCUAUUAUGCAGCACGGGCACGGCCUGCCCUUCAACGGCCAGCCCAGUCAUCCCAUGAGUGCCGCUGCUGCUGUCGCCGGCUCCGGCUCACCGCAGGGCUACGAGAGAAUGUCCUACCAGACCGACCCUGCGGUGGCCGCAGCUUGCCACUCCAAUGCGCUGGGCCUGGGACUGGUGUACCACUCCUCUUCUUCGAGCCCCAACUCAGGGCCACCUGCCUCCAGCCCGGUAGCCGCCGCCGUCGCGCAACCCAUGGCUCACUCCUCCCCACACCUGCAUUCGCUGGGCUACCACUGCCCCAACCCUGGCCAGGUGUCCUCGCCCACCCACUCCAUGGGGCAGCAGGCGCCCCAGAUGCAGCGGCCAAUGGGCUACCACCCCGCCGGCCAGCGCUCCGCCUCCUGCCCGACGCCCUCCAGCGCCCCGCAGCAGCAGCGGGUGGUGCACUCCCCCCACUCCGGGCCCUCGUCCCCCCAGCUCCACUCAAUGCCCUACCAGUCUCCCAACUCGCCCUCCCCGACCUCGGGCAGCCCCCUAGGGCCACUGUCCCACUCCAGCCAGCCCUCCCCUCAGGCCAGCAGCCCGGUCAUGAACAACCUGUCGCCGGCCGCGCCCAUGGUGCACCCACUGGCCCCCCAGGCGACCUUCCCUGAAGAGGAGGAGCGGGUGAACAUCAAGCAGGAGCCAGAGGAACGGGAGCCCACCUUCAGAUCCAUCGGUCUGCAGGACAUCACGCUGGAUGAUGGUGAGUCCUGCAACCGCCCUAUUUCGUUUUGUACAAGGUUUGUUGCGAGUGUCUUUGAAUCCACUGUCCUGAAAUAACACAGGCACAAUGUUCACGCUGUUAACAAUAGGCAAAUUGAAUCGCAAAAGAUUAAGCCAUUGGGACUUUAAUACAAUUUAUUUUUUUCUUUUCUUGUUGGAAUAAUUUAUGAGACAGUGGAGUAUUUGUGUUGUGAGUAACCCACGGUGCCUGCACGCCAGACGCACUUGCACAAAGGGGAGAGCUUAGCCUUAUUAUCGGCCGCUAUCAGAUUAAUCACAGCAACAUCCAUCUCCUCAGCACAGGGAGGCUUACUGCAGGGAGGUGUGUCUGGGAGAAUAUGCAGUCUAAAUGCUUCAAGCCUCACCUUAUCGGACCUGACCAACACCUUCACACAGAUUGAUUUAGUUUGUG